GUUACAAUUAUCAAACUUCAGAUGAAUUAAUCCUCCAUAGCUGAUUUCAAAACAGGCAUUUCGGGGAAACAAAGACACAAAUGAAUAGUCAUUACAAAUAUAGCUUGUAUUUUAGGUACCAUAUUCUUUUAAAAUAUGUAAAGGCAGCUUUAUGAUUAGGCAAUUUAAAAUCCAUUCCGUUCACAUCAUUGGCUAUGUGAAAACAAUUAACGAGUGGUAAUGGCGAGCUUCUCUCCGCUGGUCCUGUCCAUCGCUGCCACCAGCUUUGUGACGUUCCAGUGUCUGUUCCAUUUUGUCAGUCCCUGUAUCUCUGCUCGGUUCUGUCCUGGGUACCGCCGCCUCAGCCCUAAACAAACCGUAGAGUGGAACUCCAGAACUGUGUCUACAUUUCACGCCUUGAUAGUGGGCCUUUUUUGUCUCUACAUAUUACUAUUUGAUGAUGCCGUCAAUGAAGACCCAGUCUGGGGAGAUCCGUCACUGGUGAAAAUAAAUGUGGCCAUAACCUGUGGCUACCUCCUAUCAGAUAUGCUGCUCAUAUGUUACUAUUGGCGGGCGAUAGGGGACAAGUUUUUUGUAAUCCACCACCUGGCAGCACUGUAUGCUUACUACUAUGUACUGAGCAUAGGAAUGUUGCCUUAUUUUGCUAACUUCCGUCUGGUCGCAGAGCUUUCCACUCCUUGUGUGAACCAGCGCUGGUUCUUUGAAGUGCUUGGUUACCCAAAGAAAUCAUUACCAAAUAUGGUCAACGGAAUUGCCAUGACGCUAUCCUUCUUCCUGGUGAGGAUAGCGGUCAUGCCAAUGUAUUACAGCCGGAUGUACGCCGUGUACGGGACAGAACCUUUCUACCGGGUGACUUUUGGUGGCCGUUGUGCAUGGAUGGGCCCCAGUUUCUGUCUAGACAUUAUGAACGUCAUGUGGAUGCAUAAAAUGGCCCGCGGCUGCAUUAGCGUCCUGCGCUCUCCCGGAAGGGUAAAAGUGGAAAAGCUACAGAAUGGGAAAGUGCACUGAGAGGUUGCACAAGGCUAUGGUGGAGUUAUUUUACUGUAUGUCUGGUUCAAAUGGUUCAUGGACAUUUUUGGAUCAAAUGGUUCAUGGACUGGAAAUGUCUUGAGACUCCCUAGGAUCCCAUGACCAGCCCGAGGUAAAUUGUGUACCACUAUAUUUAUUUGCCCAGAACACUGCCAAUUGAACAAGCUCUACAGUCCUCCAAAAUGAUGGGAGGGGACAUGGUAAAGGCCAUUGGAUUGCGUCUCCUCUUGGUCCUUACAGAUGGAGGAAGUGGAUGGAAACAAACAGACAAUACUCUAAAGCACAGGUCCUCUUUUCUGUUGGACCCUUUGAUUGUAAAUUGUAUGUAUGUCCACCCAAAGGUGUCUUGUGUGUAUUGCCACAAUUACAUGAACUGACAUGGAGGAGAAUGUUAAAGGAACUCGCAUAGUUUUGUAAUGUUUAUGAAGCCAUAUAGAUGGCUCUUGUACAAAUAUCAUGAGAUAUUGUACAAAAAUAAAAUCCUUACUUGAAAUCUGUGUUUUCACCAGCAUUAGGAUGUAAAAUAAGUAUAUUGUCAGGCUACUGAAGUCUAUGCUCAGGAGCCUGCUCAUGCAGUAGGCCUAGGAAAUACUAGUCAUGCACAUAAAGUAUCAGGGUAGAUUUAGACAAACCAUGUAUUGUAAUUUUAUCUCUAGAAGUGACCUUACUGAGUGUGAUUCAUGAUAACAGCAAUAAAAGUGCACUUAUGUCUAA